AUGGAGAGCUAUUUGAAUGAGAACUUUGAGGUGAAGCCAAAGCAUUCGUCGGAGGAGGUGUUGGAGAGAUGGCGGAAACUGUGCGGUGUAGUGAAGAACCCAAAGCGCCGAUUCCGGUUCACUGCAAAUCUAUCAAAGCGCUACGAGGCUGCUGCGAUGCGUCGCACCAAUCAGGAGAAACUGAGGAUCGCAGUGCUAGUCUCAAAGGCCGCAAUUCAAUUCAUACAAGGUGUUUCGCCGAGUGACUACGUUGUCCCUGGGGAAGUGAAAGGUGCCGGCUUUCAGAUUUGUGCCGAUGAGUUAGGAUCAAUAGUGGAGGGUCAUGAUAUAAAGAAGUUGAAAUUCCACGGCGGAGUAGAUGGUAUUGUUGAAAAGAUCUCAACUUCGACCACCAAUGGACUUACAACUGAUAGUGAGUUGCUCAACCGAAGACAAGAAAUCUUCGGAAUCAACGUGUUUGCUGAGAGCGAACCUAAGAGUUUCUGGGUUUUUGUUUGGGAAGCUCUACAAGACAUGACUCUAAUGAUAUUAGGAGUCUGUGCGUUUGUAUCUUUGAUAGUUGGUCUUGCAAUGGAGGGGUGGCCACAUGGAGCGCAUGAUGGACUGGGAAUUGUGGCAAGCAUUUUAUUGGUUGUUUUCGUCACCGCUACGAGCGAUUAUCGUCAAUCCUUGCAGUUUAGGGAUUUGGACAAUGAGAAAAAGAAAAUAACUAUCCAAGUCACUCGGAAUGGGUAUAGGCAGAAAAUGUCUAUUUAUGAUCUACUCACUGGUGAUAUUGUGCACCUCUCCAUAGGAGAUCAAGUUCCGACUGACGGGCUUUUCGUUUCCGGUUUUUCUGUAUUAAUUGAUGAAUCAAGUUUGACCGGUGAAAGUGAGCCUGUUAUGGUGAGUGCAGAGAAUCCUUUUAUGCUUUCUGGAACAAAGAUUAGAGAUGGCACCUGCAAGAUGCUAGUGACCACCACUGGAAUGAGAACGCAGUGGGGCAAGCUAAUGGAGACUCUUACUGAAGGAGGAGAUGAUGAAACUCCAUUACAAGUAAAGCUGAAUGGAGUCGCGACAAUUAUCGGGAAAAUUGGACUCUUCUUUGCCGUGGUGACUUUUGCAGUUUUGAUGCAGGGAUUGUUGAGUCGAAAGUGGCAGGCGGGGACUUAUUUGUGGUGGUCUGGGGAUGAUGCAUUGGGAAUGCUAGAAUAUUUUGCUGUUGCUGUGACAAUCGUGGUGGUUGCCGUUCCUGAGGGAUUGCCAUUGGCCGUGACAUUGAGCCUGGCUUUUGCCAUGAAGAAGAUGAUGAAUGACAAAGCGCUCGUUCGCCACUUGGCAGCUUGCGAGACCAUGGGCUCCGCCACGAGCAUUUGCAGUGAUAAAACUGGUACGCUCACCACUAACCACAUGACGGUCGUGAAGUCGUGCAUAUGCACAAAUGUAAAAGAGAUAACUAAGCCAAAUAAAGCAUCCAGCCUGCGCUCUGAGAUUCCAGACAACGUCUUGAAGCUUCUGUUGCAGUCCAUAUUCAAUAAUACAGGAGGAGAAGUAGUAGUGAACAAAGAUGGUAAAACCGAGAUACUCGGAACUCCCACCGAUACUGCAUUGUUGGAGUUCGGCUUAUCUUUGGGUGGAGACUUCCUAGCGGAGCGAGAAGCCACGAAGCUCAUCAAGGUGGAGCCCUUCAACUCCACCAAGAAAAGAAUGGGAGUGGUGCUCCAGCUCCCUGAGGGAGGUCUACGAGCACAUACGAAAGGCGCCUCGGAAAUCGUAUUGGCUGCUUGCGACAAAUUCCUUAAUACGAAAGGCGAAGUCGUUCCUCUUGAUGAAGAAUCAAUUAACCAUCUCAAUGUUACGAUUAACCAAUUUGCCAGUGAAGCGCUGCGUACUUUAUGUCUUACCUUUAUGGAAUUAGAUAGUGGGUUCUCAGGUGAAGAUCCAAUUCCAACUUCAGGGUAUACUUGCAUUGGAAUUGUUGGCAUUAAAGAUCCUGUUCGCCCGGGUGUAAAAGAGUCUGUCGCAAUCUGUCGUGCUGCUGGUAUCACGGUGAGAAUGGUCACCGGAGACAACAUUAACACUGCCAAGGCAAUUGCAAGGGAAUGCGGUAUACUUACUGAGGAUGGUCUAGCAAUAGAAGGUCCAGAUUUUCGAGAGAAGAGUCAGGAGGAAUUACUCGAACUAAUACCUAAGAUCCAAGUGAUGGCUCGAUCUUCCCCGCUAGACAAGCACACUCUAGUAAAGCACUUGCGGACCACAUUUGAAGAAGUCGUAGCGGUAACUGGUGAUGGAACGAAUGAUGCCCCAGCUCUACAUGAGGCAGAUAUUGGACUUGCAAUGGGCAUAGCAGGAACUGAGGUCGCUAAAGAAAGUGCUGACGUUGUAAUCCUGGAUGACAAUUUUUCCACAAUAGUGACAGUAGCUAAAUGGGGGCGUUCUGUAUAUAUCAACAUUCAAAAGUUCGUGCAGUUCCAAUUGACAGUUAAUGUGGUUGCUCUAGUUGUCAACUUUUCUUCGGCUUGCUUGAUGGGGAGUGCUCCACUCACUGCUGUUCAGCUUCUCUGGGUGAACAUGAUUAUGGAUACAUUAGGGGCACUUGCGCUCGCGACGGAGCCACCUAACAAUGAAUUAAUGAAACGUCGACCAGUUGGAAGAAAGGGGAAUUUCAUAAGCAAUGUCAUGUGGAGGAACAUUUUAGGACAAUCUCUAUAUCAGUUCCUGGUUAUUUGGAAUCUCCAGGCAAAAGGGAAAGCUAUGUUUGGUCUCGAUGGCCCAGAUGCAGACCUUAUUCUGAAUACACUCAUAUUCAACUCAUUUGUUUUCUGUCAGAUCUUCAAUGAAAUAAGCUCGAGGGACAUGGAAGAAAUAGAUGUUUUCAAAGGAAUAUUAGAUAAUUAUGUGUUUGUGGCUGUUUUGAGCUGCACUGCAAUCUUCCAAGUCAUUAUCAUCGAGUUCUUGGGCACAUUUGCAAGCACGUCGCCUCUCACCUUCUCUCAGUGGCUUCUUAGUAUAAUCAUCGGAUUUCUAGGAAUGCCGAUAUCUGCUGGUUUUAAGAUGAUCCCGGUAUAA